AUGGCUGGUGAUGGCAGUUCUAGUGAAGAAUCGUCUAUACAGUUGGCAAAAUUCAAUUGUGCCACCACCGGGUAUGUUUCAGAAAAUGUGGGUAUGCCGGUGACUUUUGAACUUCUUGAUAGUGUUAGUGAAAAGAAAGCAGAAAGCAGUGAAGACGAUGAAAUCUUGUUAUCGUUUCAUGGCACAAGCUCAGUAGUAACAGAAAAGUCAUUAAAGAAAAAAAAUAAUUCGUCAUUUGAUCAUAAUGGGUCAUCGUUAUUUAUGAUGCUUUCUCGUUUAUCUCCGGUAUUAAAUAGAAAUCCAAAACGGAUCAGCAAAUUUUAUCGAAAACAAUCGGACUUAAUGGAGAGUUUCAAGAAAGACAGUACCGUCAUCGAGGAGCAUCGACGAAAGCGGCAAAAUACAGUAAGUUCAGAAGAGAUGGUGGAAUCCAAAAUGAUAUUGCUAAAACAAAAAUCUGCAGAUGAAGAUGUAUGCAUGGAAACUCUUUCAAUAAACCAUCCAUCAGAUGUUCCAAUUGUGAAAAUUAGAAGGCAGAGUUUUAUUUUUAGAGUACAAACUCCGGUGAAUUUACACAUGGCUGUGACAGCUCGAUGGCUGGCUAUGACAACACUUAUUGCUAAUGUUUCGUUGGUGAUCGCUAAGACUGCGGCUGCGUAUCUUUCGGGUUCAUUGUCAAUAAUUUCUUCACUAGUUGAUUCAACUGUUGAUAUUACAUCGGGUUUGGUUAUUUGGUUAACAGCUCGUGCAAUUAAAAAACGAGACCCGUAUAUGUAUCCUAGAGGACGGACUCGUCUGGAACCUAUUGCUUUGAUCAUUGUAAGUGUAAUAAUGGGAGUAGCGUCAAUUCAAAUGGUAUUGCAAUCAUUGGAUUCAGUUAUCCAUGGCACAGUUAACCCAAAAGUUGAUAUUAUCUCACUUUGCAUUAUGAUUGCUACUGUGUUCAUUAAAUUAACUCUUGUUUUUUUGUGCAGGAAUUUCUCAUAUGAUUCUUCGGUAGCUGUAUUGGCACAAGAUCAUAGAAAUGACUGCAUAUCAAACACCGUUGCUAUUAUAUGUGCAUGGUUUGCAUCUAAUUACUGGUUAUAUUUCGAUCCUAUUGGAGCUAUAAUUGUGUCUAUUUAUAUCGCUAUCACCUGGUUUUUCACUGGAAGAGAGCAUUUAUCAAUGCUCUCUGGCAAAUCAGCUAAACCAGAAUUUAUUAACCGCAUCGUGAAGGUUUGUAUAGAACAUGACAAGCGGAUAGAUUACAUCGAUACUGUUUAUGUAUAUCAUUUCGGCACACGUUUUCUCGUGGAAGUGCAUAUUGUAAUGGAUCCCAACAUGACUCUUCGUGAAUCUCAUGAUAUCAGUGAAGCAUUACAAACAAAUAUAGAAAGCUUAACAGAGGUAGAAAGAGCUUUUGUUCACUGUGAUUACGAGUACGAUCAUUUACCUACUGAUGAACAUAAGGUUGUGUGA